GCCCGGCGCCACUUCCCAUCGCCAUGGCCACACAACUCUACCGGCUGCUACCACUACUCUUCCUCCCCUUCGUCCUCUUCCGCCACGGCGCAUCGCCGCCGCCGCUGAGCCAGCAUACUGUCACUGGAGGCGACCCUGGCCGACACCCGGUCGUGCUGCUGCCGGGCAACACGUGCAGCCAGCUCGAGGCCCGCCUCACCGACGCCUACCAGCCGCCGUCGCCGCAAUGCGGCGCGGCCAAGGGCAACGGCCGGUGGUUCCGGCUGUGGAAGAACUCGACGGCGAUGCAGGACGCCGAACUGGCGCCGUGCCUCUCCGACCAGCUCCGCCUCGUCUACGACCCCGUCGCGCGCGACUUCCGCAACGUGCCGGGCGUGGAGACCCGCGUCCUCGGCUUCGGCUCCACCCGCGGGUUCCUCGCCGACACUCCGGCCAAUCAGGAUCUCUGCAUGGGAAAGCUCGUUGAGGCGCUGGAGAAGGCCGGGUACCGCGACGGCGAGACCCUCUUCGGCGCGCCGUUCGACUUCCGGCAAGCUCCCGCCGAGCCGGGGCAGCCGUGCCGGGCGUUCUCGCAGUUCAGCCGGCGGCUCAGGGCGCUUGUCGAGCACGCGAGCAGGAAGAACGGGGGCAAGCCGGUCGUCGUCAUGUCGCACAGCCAGGGCGGUUACUUCGCGCUCGAGUUCCUCAACCGGAGCCCCCUGCCGUGGCGCAGGAGGUACGUCAGGCACUACGUCAUGGCCUCCAUCGGUCCCGGCGGGUUCCUGCUGUCGAUGCAGCUGCUCGCCUCCAACCCGAGCUCCGCGCUGAGUUCCGGCAGCGCGUUCAUCGCGCUGCCAUCGCCGAAGGUGUUCGGCCCCGACGCGCCGCUGGUCGUCACGCGGGCCAGGAACUACACAGCGCAGGACAUCCCGGAGUUCCUGACGGCGAUCGGGUUGCCACGGCUCGCCGUGACGCUGUACCAGACGCGGGCACUGCCGGUGAAGCUCAACUUCCGGGCGCCGGUGGUGCCGACGACCUGCAUCAACGGCGUCGGCGUGCCGACGAUGAAGGAGCUGGUUUACUGGGACGGCAACUUUAGCAAGGCCCCGGAAGUGGUGUACGGCGACGGCGAUGAUCUUAUACUCCUGGAGAGCACGCUGGCCCUUGACACGGUGAUCGGCGAUGACCCGAGACAGGAGUACUACAAGUCUAUCAAGUUAGCCGGCACGUCUCAUGCCGGGGUUGUCUCAGAUGGGGCGGCCUUGGAGCGUGUCAUCAGUGAGAUUCUUGGAGUACAUGAGUAAAUGAAUGUGCUAGAGAUCAACUUUGUGACCCGUUUUGUCUACCAAUUAUAUUGGCCAAUCAACCAUUAUAUGGCCCGUAGAUUGAUUUUAUUACAA